AUGGAUACUGCCAUCAGUGUAGCGCUUGUUUCUCUAAACUUACUGUAUCAGAAUCUCGGUCGCUUUCAGGGCAGUGAAGUCUGCGCCAAGCAGAGGAACAGCGCAGACCGGAGGCGUAGGGCCUCGCCGAUCUACAGCUGGUGGUUCAGAGGGAGCCCGCAGCUCCGCCCCUGCACGCCAGCCCCGCCCCGGCUGUCAAGGACGAGAAGGCCCCGCCCCCGGCCGGCGCGCGCCGCCGAGCCCAGGCCCCGCCUCCCACUCCUAACCCCGGACCCUCGGCCGGGCAAAGACCAGAGCCAUCCACACGACCCGCACCGCCACAAGGCUCCGCAGACUCCAGUAUCCAACUGGGAGCUAGAGACCGACAUGGCGACGGAGGCCAAGCCCGAGAACCUCUCCCUGGUCGUGCACGGACCUGGGGACAUUCGCUUGGAGAACUAUCCUAUUCCUGAACCAGGCCCGAAUGAGGCAUUGUUGAAGAUGCAUUCUGUGGGAAUCUGCGGCUCAGAUGUCCACUACUGGCAGCAUGGUCGAAUUGGGGAUUUUAUUGUGAAAAAGCCAAUGGUGCUGGGGCAUGAAGCUUCAGGAACAGUCGUAAAAGUGGGAUCAUUGGUAAAGCAUCUAAAACCAGGUGAUCGUGUUGCUAUUGAGCCUGGUGCUCCCCGAGAAAAUGAUGAGUUCUGCAAGAUUGGCCGAUACAAUCUGUCACCAUCCAUCUUCUUCUGUGCCACACCCCCUGAUGAUGGGAACCUCUGCCGGUUCUACAAGCACAAUGCUGACUUCUGCUACAAGCUUCCUGACAGUGUCACCUUUGAGGAAGGGGCCCUGAUUGAGCCACUGUCUGUGGGAAUUUAUGCCUGUCGGCGAGGUGGAGUCUCCUUGGGGAACAAAGUCUUUGUGUGUGGAGCUGGGCCAAUUGGGCUGGUCACUUUGCUCGUGGCCAAGGCAAUGGGAGCAGCUCAAGUUAUAGUGACUGAUCUGUCUGCCUCUCGGCUGUCCAAAGCCAAGGAAGUUGGGGCUGAUUUCACUCUUCAGAUCUCCAAGGAGAGCCCUCAGGAAAUUGCCAGUAAAGUGGAAGAUCUGCUGGGGUGCAAGCCAGCUGUCACCAUUGAGUGCACUGGGGCUGAACCCUCCAUCCAGACGGGCAUCUAUGCCACUCGUUCUGGUGGGACUCUGGUGCUUGUGGGGAUGGGCUCUGAGAUGACCACUGUACCCCUAGUGCACGCAGCCAUCCGAGAGGUGGAUAUCAAGGGUGUAUUUCGAUACUGCAACACGUGGCCAAUGGCGAUUUCUAUGCUUGCGUCCAAGUCUGUGAAUGUAAAGCCUUUAGUCACCCAUAGGUUUCCUCUGGAGAAAGCUGUGGAAGCCUUUGAAACAUCCAAAAAGGGAUUGGGGCUAAAGGUCAUGCUCAAGUGCGACCCCAAUGACCAGAAUCCCUAAUGUGAAUUAAGCUGUGUCCUCAUCCCCCUCUCAGUGUCUCAGGGCUAAAUGACUGGGGAGGGAUCUACCUUGAAUGCAAAACUUUGUUUAAAAUGGUAAGAAUAAUUAAUAUAAUUCAUUAUAAAGAGACAGUCUUAUGGAGGAGUUUGUGUGCCUCAAGGACACAAAUAGCAAUAGUUUUGGGAAACUUGUAGCCAGAAUGACCUACUCAAUCUCUAGGAGAGAUUGGCAAGCAGUGCUGGGAACUCCCCUUCUGCCUGUAUGCCUUCUUUGGGUAAGGAGACAAAUAUGGCCCUUAGGUUCCUGGUUCCACUAUGACUGGCUUGGGGUCGGGACUGAGUUAUGAAGAGACAACUUUAUCAAGACCCAGCCCUGGGCUGGGGAUAUAGCUCAGUUGGUAGAGUGCUUGCCUUGCAAGCACAGGCCCUGGGUUCAAUCUCUAGCACCACAAAAAAAAAAAAAAAAAAAAAAAAAAAAGACCCAGUCCCAAGGCUGAUUUUCAGGGUCUGGGUUGAGAGUUAUUAACAGUUGUAGUUCAGAGCACAGUGCUCUGUGGUUUGACAAUAAAAGGAGAAUAAGAAAAGAGACUAUAACUUCCUGGGUCUAGCAUAAUUUUUAAACCAAUUACAGGAAUAAAAUCAAAAUCUCACGUGAGGUCAAACCAGCUUGCAUUCCCCAAAUAUGGAGCUAGUGAGAACAGUUCUCAACUCUGUUUGAAGAUUGCCCCUUCAACUCCUGAGAAUUCUCUCAUUCCUUUUGCAAGGUGGAGAAUCAUCUUCCCAACUCUCUCCACCUUCAACCUGAGGUGUGGUCCCAGUCACUAGGCAACCAGAAAGCUCCCACCUAAAUACAGUGGCAGAAAUACCUUAAAUUAUGCUUUGGACGAACCCAGAGAGUUUGGCCAACACACCCGAUUGCCUGAUUUCCCCUCUCCAUAGGCUCAACCUCCUCUCCUAGGCUCACUCAAUGAUGAUUAUUAGACAAUUCCAUUAAUUCUGUUUGUUGUAGACAGAAACUUACCCCUUUUCAUAGCCAGUUAAGGCUCUUAUCUCUUCCCAUCUAUUGGAAGGAAAUCUCUGAGUUUGUCUUAUUUUAAUCAUGAUUUUUUUCUGAAUCCAAAUCACAACAUGCCCCUUGUGAUUUUGAGAUGAUUGAAAGUCUUGCCAUAGUAGCUAUGACAACUGUAGCCUUUUAUCCCUCAUUUCAGAGGUGGGUGGAGGGUGAGUCUGAAGAUGCUUGAGUUUUCUUAUAUCCAGGGAAGGUCGUGACCAGUGCCUGGAAUUCAAACUGGUUCAGGUAAUAAAUUCUGUUGUAAUAUGUGA